GUCUCUCUGUCUCUCUCUCCAUCUCUCUCUCUCCCUCCCUCUCUCACUCUCUGUCUCUCUCCAUCUCUCUCUCUCUCUCUCUCUCUCUGGAGUCACUCCAGCAUCUCAAAGCGCUUCACUGAAACGCAGCGCGCGCUCGGACUAUCACGCGGAAGAAUUUUCCUUUUUAACUGUGUUUUUUCCGCCCAGUCGUCGGUCCGUCUGCGGUUCCCGGAGCCUCCGCGCUGCUGCGCGCCCGAGAGGAGCCGCUCGAUCCCGCGGGGUUAAGCUAUGACGCUCGGGACCGGAGAGGAUCUCGCGCCUUUGAUUUUUCGCUCAAAGCCUCUGAGCUGCGCUUCGGUGCGAGGGAGCGCGAGCGGAGGGCGCGUGUGACACCUCCCCGCCUGCACUCCACUCCGCUUACCGUCUCCGCAUGGGAGUCCGUGGAGGCGCGCGGAAGCCCAGAAGACUGACAGGGAUGACUCGCCCUUUCCUCAAACUCUUCACAACUUUGUUCGCGUGCAUGAUCGAGAUGGACCACCUCAGGAUAAUGUUAGCAAAGGAGCAUGACCGGUCAUCGUCGCGAGGCUCCUCUCUGACCAUGUCCCCUUCGGAUUUCCUGGACAAACUAAUGGGCAAAACGUCAGGCUACGAUGCAAGGAUAAGACCCAACUUCAAAGGUCCCCCUGUAAACGUCACCUGCAACAUAUUUAUCAACAGCUUUGGUUCUAUAGCUGAAACUACUAUGGACUACAGAGUGAACAUCUUCCUGAGGCAGAAGUGGAACGACCCCCGGCUCGCCUACAGUGAAUAUCCAGACCCCUCGCUCGACCUGGACCCGUCCAUGCUGGAUUCCAUCUGGAAGCCUGACCUGUUCUUCGCCAAUGAGAAAGGCGCCAACUUCCAUGACGUCACCACAGAUAACAAGCUCCUUAGGAUCUCCAAGGAUGGAACGGUUCUCUACAGCAUCAGGCUGACCUUAAUCCUGUCCUGCCCGAUGGAUCUGAAGAACUUCCCGAUGGACGUUCAGACCUGUACCAUGCAGCUGGAGAGUUUCGGCUACACCAUGAACGACCUGAUCUUCGAGUGGCUGGACGAGGGGCCUGUGCAGGUAGCGGAGGGUCUGACCCUUCCUCAGUUCAUCAUGAGGGAGGAGAAGGAGCUGGGCUACUGCACCAAACACUACAACACAGGUAAGUUUACCUGCAUUGAGGUGAAGUUCAAGCUGGAGAGGCAGAUGGGUUACUACCUGAUCCAGAUGUACAUCCCCAGCCUGCUCAUCGUCAUCCUCUCCUGGGUCUCCUUCUGGAUUAACAUGGACGCUGCUCCUGCCCGCGUGGCCCUGGGCAUCACCACUGUCCUCACCAUGACCACACAAAGCUCCGGCUCCAGAGCAUCACUGCCCAAGGUUUCCUAUGUGAAGGCCAUCGACAUCUGGAUGGCGGUGUGUCUGCUGUUUGUCUUCGCCGCUUUGCUGGAAUAUGCGGGAGUGAACUUUGUAUCCAGGCAACAGAAAGAGUUCCUCCGGCUGAAACGAAGGCAAAAGCGAAAUCUCAAGGAGGAGGAGCUGAGGGAGGGACGUUUCCAUUUCUCCGGCUACAGCAUGGCUCCGUGCAUGAAAGACGGUGCGGCGGUGAAAAGCGCCACGGCUGAUGCCGUCCAGCAGCCGUCCAUCCUGAAGGACGCCGAGCACAACAGGAGGAAGUUCGUGGACAGAGCGAAGAGAAUCGACACCAUCUCCCGAGCGGCCUUCCCUCUGGCCUUCCUCAUCUUCAACAUCUUCUACUGGAUCACUUACAAAAUAAUCCGACACGGGACCGCCGCCAAAGUGUAGCGGCCGCGCAUGCUUCGGAAAAGGCGCUUCUGCGGAGAAACAGCAAACGAGGAAAAGCUCGGUGUGGGAGGAGGCUGGUUUCUGCGGAGGUGUCUCGUUUUCAAUCAGGGAUAAAAGCAUGAACAGAAUGGGUGGACGAUUGUUGGACGAUGAUGCUGAACGUUCCAAAGGCAGCCAGUGCGCUGAAGCGAAGGAGAACAUGUUGAGUAAUUUAGAAGACCUGUUCCUUACCAAGCUCAGCGCAGUCCAGAAGUAACUGGACAGUGGCACAUUGGCUAUGAAGUGAAACGACUGUGAGGUUUAAGGUCAGGAUGUAAAUGAAGGGCAUUUAUAACUAUAUUUGGUGAAACAAUCACAGUGACCAAAAUGAAUAGGAGUCUUCAUUCGUCCCAAUUAGUAUCCGGUUGUGACCAAUGAGUUCUGGAAGUCUGUAGCCUCUAGAUUUAGAGACGCUUCUGAGGUCUGCCAUUAGUUGUGGAUUUUCUGUCCACUUCAUUUUUGCCAGUUUUAAAAUGUGCAUUAAAAACCUGGAAUUAAAAGCCAGGAAUUAAAAAAAAGUCAAAAUAUUGCAAAAGAAACGAGUUGUUUUAAGCAGAAAAGCUGGUUUAUUGAUAAUGAGAAUGUGAAAACUGGUGAAUCAGGAAGGAGAUUUUUUUAAGGUAAGUGUUGAUGAAGCAGGUGGGUCUGGCUUGCAGUCGAUCCCAAAAAGAAUCGUUUCCUUAAUUCCAGGCAUUCGGGAAUCGAGAGUGGGUUCCAAAGCUUUCAGUUCCACAGUGACACGUCUGCCUGCACCAGCAAACACGAGGAGAAAUUCUGCUGCCACUGUCUAACCUAGUGUUUCUUAAACACUGGGCUAUGAUUUGACCACAUAAACAUGAGCAUGAAUACUAUCUUCUGCACAAAGUCUUGCGCUGACCAACGACGCUAUGUAAAACAGGGCCAGUUAGAGCGGCGUGGACGCAUUAAUAAGCAGAAUGAACAAGCAAUUUUCGGUUGGUUUAUCAUGGUUGACACUUCACCACCAUUACCGUUCCACAUCAAAGUGACCAUAAAAUAUUGAUUCGUUAAACAGGAAUGACAUCUUGGCACUUCUGAGCUCUAAAAAGAAGUAAGUAACCAAAAUUUCUCCACUGAUGAAACAAGAGCUCCUCUUUCUCUUUGGGUCCAAGUUUGGAUCCUCAGAUCACAGAUUUAAGAACCCUGGGUCUGGGCAGUACUCCCUUCCACAGGUCACACAUCGACAGUCCGGCCUUCUUUUAUUCUAGACGUAGUGUAAAAUUAAUGGAAAAUGGACAAUUUAUAACAAAAAAUGGGCAGAAACUGCAUCACCAGUGCCGGAACAUCCACUUGUUGAACUAUGUGCAUCUUAGCCAGUCCUUGUUGGCUCCACCCUUUGGAAGAAACGCCCCCAAACUGCAUAUACAUUAGACUAAAAACAGCAUUUUUUGUGGUUGUUAUCUAGUUUGUUUGUUUUACACAGUAAACCACUUACAUUUAUUAAGUGACCCUUAUUAGUCCCGCACCACAUACACACGAGUGAGCACGUACACUAGCGGGCAGUAAGCACACUUGCCCGUAGUGGUGGGCAGCCCUAUUCGCAGUGACCGGGGAGCAGUUGGGGGUUAGGUGCCUUGAUCAAGAGCACUUCCGUCACGUACCAUUGGCUCAGGGGAUCGAACUGGCAAGUUCCCCACCUUCCAGCCCAUGACUGCCUCUCUACUGCAUUCAUGGCAUUUGGCAGACGCUCUUUUCCAGAUUGACUUACAAUUCAAUCAUUUGACACAGGUUGGGCGAAGGUGGUGUUGGGAGUCUUGCCCAAGGACUCUUAUUGGUAUAGUGUAGGGUGCUUGAACCCCAGUCUACAGUGCAGAAGGCAGAGGUGCUACCCACUAAACUACUCCAACCACAGUUAAAUCACUUUAACCAUUUAAUCAGUUAAUGUUUUGGCUGUUAUCGAUUUAUUUGUAUAUUUGUGAAUCAACUUUUCUUUGGCUCUCUUGUGCAUGAACUAAUGCUGCAAUGACGACAGUCUAUUACCAACUAUUGUUGGUUCCCUAUAAGGAACUAUAAGGGCUGUAUUUCCUAUGUGGUUCACCUAAUAUGAAUGUAAAUACCCUCUUAAAAUGUUGACAUUCUGUACGGUUUCAUUUCAGAGCCACUGUCCAGUUACUUAUUGAGUGCACUGUAAACACAGUUAUUGGCCAAAUGUUGAUGUGACAGUGUUGCCACACUAUUUGUAUGAGCCUCAAACACAACAUUCCAUCGGUUUGUACGACAGGGAAGCCCAGAUUUUUACGAGAUUUCAUACAAAAGGAUGAUUAUGGGUUUUAUACUGUUGUCUUUUGGCUUCUGACAGUUUGUACGGAUUCCGUCACAAGUCCUUCCUCUCGUUAGGCAGAGAAACGCCUGCGUGCUCGUUCACUAAAUCCUCGGGACGUGUGAAGUUCAAUUCCAAGGCCGCGAGCAAAGCAUCCCGAUUGUUGGAACCCUUAAGCCUUAGACGAGACACGCUGAGUAGGAUGCGUUUCUAUUUCCUCACACUUCUGAUGCAACGUUCAAAAGCAUUUCUUUUACCGCUCAAGUAAAACGGCUGGUGUUUUCAACAACACGUGAAAGUAAACCUUGUAGUCACAAAUGCGAAAUGUGUCUCCUGGUGUUUAAUUGCUGUGUGGAACAUGAAAACGCCCUCCAGGGAAGUGGCUGGAAAUACAAGGCUAAUAAAAUGUCACAUAUACCCGA